AUGGACGAUCCAGACCCAGACGCUACGGCCCCAAGACGCUCCAAAAGGGCAGUGCCAACCCAGAACAAAAUAGGUACAGAAUCACAGAAGCAACCAUCAACAGAGAAAAGGAAAAAGGCUCGAACAUCAAAUCUAUCCCAAGCCACUGGCAGCGCUACCGAUGUUGUGCCGUUGACUGGCAUUGCAUCAGAUUUCAACCAAAACUACGAACAAAAUAUCAUGGAGAGCUUGCGAAAUGAUGAUCUUCAAAAAGCACGACAUCUUAUUGUUUUAGCAAUGAGUCGCAUGAGGGAUAUGGUCGACUCUUGGUCUGGUCUCAUUGGGUUCAUGGAGGAUCCCGCCAACAAAAACUUGCUAAUGAAAUUUCUGGCUGCCUUUUAUCCUGAGCGGAUCUCAGAGCGCCCACCAAACUAUCAAGAAGCUCUACAAAUGUUCAGUGACUGCUUUGUGUACGAGGCUUUUAAGACAAUGGGGGAUGCUACUCAGCACAAGCUAGUCAAAGCGGCAUCUGCACGCUAUGCUAAGGUCCAACAACUCGCAACAAAAAAUGGCAAGCUUUUUUCUGCAGCUAUAGAUCUGUUGAAAUCAAUCCGCAAUGAAUGCAACAAUUUCCACUGUCAUGCUCACCCUAUCAAACAGCUACAUCUAUCGAACCGGCAAAUAUGCAUGCGACUACAAACAGAUGGCAUAUUGGUUCCUGACCAGUGGUCUAGUGAUACAAACGACGAACAAGUUUUGCAUCAUUUCAAAUCAAUCAAGGCUAUAUUUCCAGUCUAUCAGCUCAAUCUUCAUGGGACCAAGAAGCAAAAGCAUUUCCAAGUACACCAAACAGACCCACAAUACCGUCGCAUUCUUUUUCUUGAACUCGAUAAAAAGUUGGUGUCACUGAGGGAAGCACAGAAAAAAUCAUCCGUAGAAAAUCCAAACAAACACAGGAUCACACACACUACGGGUGCCUAUGCUGGCAGGCAGCCACACACGAUGAAAAACAUGUUUGAUGUGAAAUUGACAGCACAACAUGUGGCUGCUUGUAUGUCUACUGCUGAUGGCGUUUACUGGGAGCAACAGGCGGGUACUCUCAUUGAUCGGCCUGGUCUAUCCAUGUGGGACUACCAUUUGUUGCUUACUAGCAAAUCGGAUCUUGAAGAGGAACAAGAAGAUCUAGAGCUGUCUCUGCUUGCCGAUGAUGACGACAGCGUGAACAGUUCGUCUAAAAGCACCAGGACCGGGAUCAGGAAACUGCAAACAAAGUCCAAGCAGGGUCAGAAGCGCAACUUGAAGCCCUUAAACCAGCAAAGCAUUUUUGAGAUCUUUCCGAACCGAGACCACAUUGGUAGGAGUGGCUUCCACCGUUAUUUAACACUGGAUCCUCGGAUGGAAAUGCUCAAAACAUCGGCGGCUCCUUUGGCGGACAUCAAUGUCAUAGCGGGCCAUUUAGCAUUGCUUGCUAUCACUCAUUUUGUUAACAAAAUGGGUGUCCCAUUUGACGUCCUGUUCCCUAUUGGUGCCAUGUGCAGAGAAAUGAUGGGAAUCUGCCGACUGCCUCCUGUCCCAAACAAGGGGCGAACCCAGUUAACUGUGCAUCAUCUGAUCAAGCCAGAGGACAAGGAGAAGCUGAAAAAGAAGCUUGACAGCGAGGGAGCAAAAUAUUUUGUGGGAACUUUUAUCAUUUUGGAAAUGAACUAUACCCAAUCCAAUGACAUGAGACAUGCGGAUCUUGUUCUGCUGAAUAGAAGCUGGUGGAGUCGAGACAAGUCUGGUGCCACGGAAUCGGUAGUCAGGGCUUAUGUGUGGAACAUGACAGACCCAGUUGAUCCAAACUCCUUUGACCACAAUUUGGAAAUCCAGGGACCGGACGGCAAAAACAUUCCAGUUGAUAAGCGACUCCCAAGAUUCACCCUGGGCGAUAGGGCAGGCACAUUGGCACAGAAUGCUGAGCCUCAUGACGUCGCUCGUAUUUUGAUGACCCGGUACUUCGAGGACCUUGUUGCAAUGGUGUCGAAUGAAUACAAGCGGCUUAUUGUCUUUGGCAAAAAAGAUUCACACAUGGGCCGAUGGGUUGAACUCCUGGAACACAGCUAUGACUACGAUGCUCUACACAAGAUCAGUCUCGAUCCAAAUAAGGUCGAGUUACUCAAAUCAGAGGUAACAGGGCAUCCUGCAUUUGCCAACGAACUUAAGCCCAGAUCCAACAUCGCCACAAUGUUCAAAGACCGAACAGAGAGCGAACAAUCUGCACUGAACAAACUUCAAGUCACAUUGUGGUCGAAACACGCCUUUGUGACAGAAUCCAAACAUGGGCUUAAUGACGAACUGGAGCCUGAAUUGGCAGCGGUCUACAAGUCAAUCAAUGACAAAUGUCGGGUGGUUUCUAGCAUGGAGCCCAAAUACAUCCCGAAACCCAAGUCAUCAGUUAACGGUGGCAUCGAUAAGGCGCUCAUGGCUGUAUACGGUCCACACAGUGACGGCUGCACAACCAUGAAUACCGAUUACAUCAACCGAGGCACUCAUUUGUAUGAACCAAACAGUGAAGGCAGUGUACCAUCCUUCCUUCCCACAGCUCAUAAAAUGUCUGUGUUCACCUUUACUCGCGGGUGGGACAACUCCAAAAUUGCUACCAGUGUGCAACAUGGAGAGUUCUCUGGGGACACCCGGAAACCCUACACCGAGGUGAUCACGGAGGAGGACUGCAGCCACUACCAGCAGGGGGGUCUUCAAACCUGUUGUAAACAUUGUUCCAAUAAGGUUGACAAGGGCAAAUCCGCAAGACAGGAUGCUGGCAGCAAGAAGCUGAUUCUUAAUCCGGGUCUUCCAUUUUGCUUUUUGGAGAUUAACUUCCCUGAAUACACAACUGGCGUCAUUGAGAUUCAUGGAGACUAUCGUGUUGUCAGCUCCAUGAGAACAGUUGCAAGAGGGGGUUUGGAUUUGGGGCUGUAUGUACUGGGACUUCAGAACAGCCCCAAGAAACUUGGCGCUUUGAGUGCCGCCCAUAACUACAAUCAAUGGAACAACACGAAUGUUCUUGUUUCAAGGCGAGAAGUGCGACGGCAUUCUGUUCUAGAUUGGCACGAUUACCUCUCUGAUGAAACCCGAAGAUCAAUCACUCAAAAAUUCUUCGGAUUCAAGGCGAAGAGAGAUCGUCUUGCAGUUGCCGAGACAGAAUUCGAGUUCAAUGACCAUGGUGCCUUUUUGCCACCUGACAAAAUGCAGUGGCCUAAAGAGGAAAACCUACCUCUUUCAAUGUGGGAAGAGCUGCACCGGAUUGAAGUUGAUGUGCAAAAGCUUUUCCCAUCAGCGGGUCUUCCGGUGGAAUUAUAUCCUGAAGGGAGAAUGGUACGUGGCAUAUGUCUGCCAGUGCAAACAAUGCGGCUUAACAAACAGCCAUAUGAGAUAGCAAUGUGUCGUUCAACUGUCGAGCUCUGUGUUGAAAACAGUGUCAAUCUACGAAUAGUGAAGGAUGGUACUCCAUUUUCACAUGAACCGAUAUUGAUGGACAUGACUCGGAAUCUACCCCUGCCUUUAGGUGUGAUUGUGGAGAGAGACCACAUGGGAUCACUACAGACGUCCAUCCGAUCCAGUGACAUUUUUGACCUGGAAACACGAGCUGCCCUGUUACUCAGUCAAAUCUACAAGCAAACUUUUCCUGAUGUGACUGAUUGCAGGAUGGUGGGCUGUUUUUUGAUGAACAAAUACUACCGCAACCGCGAGAGUCACUUCACUUGGCCAUAUCGGGAAUAUGGAUACCCAAACAUCUUACCGACUGGUAGCAGUACCACUGUCUCAGUUGGUGACAUCAGGCAAAAACUGCUGCAAUGCAAGGAGGAGGUCGAAGAAGCCAUGAAAGUGCCAUCUGAUGUGAAUACACGGCCACACAUAGACUUCCAAAGUCUGCCUUCUGGCAUCUCCGAGUCCAUCGUUGAUGAUGAUCAAAGUCACGAGGAAUGGUUGCGUGGUAUUCUUGCGACUGCCGGUAAUAGAUCCGACACUGAUAGAAGCAUCAUCAGAAAUUCUCUGGGAAAGAGAGCGACUAUACGACGUGAGUUGGCAGAGCUUCAUUUGACUGAGAAUGAUUUUAUUACUUCUCUUCCCCUUCACUGGGACAUUUUCAAGAACCGGACCCAUUCAAAGAUUAGUGGACUUGACCCUGUGGAGUUUUGCAUGGCUAUGCUCGUUUUGAGGCAGUGUGAUGACGUCAAGUUUGAGGCAGUGUGA